GAGCUCAAUAAACAGGUGAAACAGGGAGGGCCGGCACUGUGCAUUGUGGGACAGAGGAGGGCAGGCAACACCUGUUGAUGUUGUCUGAACACUUCAUUCACGCAUAACAAUACAGAACAGUACCGGGAAGUUCUGUUAAAUCAUUAGAAAUGUCCUGGGAUAGCUUACCAGCAAAGAGUGGACAUCCCAAGGUAGUCAAGAGCUGGAUUUAACAGGACCCAUCACCUCUCCCACUCGCGUAUCCCUCCACCCCAGCCUCCCAGGAUCUACUUUCUCCCUGUCGGCGUGAUGACUUCAAGAGAGGGCGAUGUAGUCGACAAAACCAACACGAGCCGCUCGGUGCCGGAGGACCCCGGCUGGGAUUCCUCGGCGCUCGAGUGCGCCGUGUGCUUCUGCCCCUACGACAAUGUCUUCAAGGCCCCCAAAGUCCUAAGCUGUCUCCAUACCUUUUGCCUGGAGUGCUUGGCCCGCAUCAACGUUUCCUCUGAGAAAAACAAGAUCCUGGUUUGCCCGUUAUGCCGCGAGGAAACCCAGUUGGAGACAGGGAAGGGGCUGACUGACCUACCCAACAACCUGGAGAUGAUCGGCAAGCUGGCCCCAGAGAUGCAGGGCGCCGUCUCGGUGAUGUUUAACCGAAGCAAAGGCCGUCUGUGGGUAAAAAAGAAGAUGGACCCUGCCUCCCUGAUCAAGCCCAACAAAGUGGACAGUGUCAGCCUCUCUUUGGAUGUCGGCCGCCCCCCUUCCAGGGUCAGGACCGGAGCCUCCAGGCUUCUCCGCUCCACCCAGUGCUUCUACCCGGUACUUAUCGUGGUCGUGGUGACCGUGGCUGUGGUCCUGUCUGGGAUUCUUAUAUUCGUGGUGGUUCCCAGUUUCCUGCACAGACAAGAUCAAACCAUCAUACACAUUUAUAAUAUAUCCAACAUACCCCCACUGCCAAACAACACUCAAAUUUAAUAGAAGGGAUCGCUGGAGUCUUUAUGGAGGUACUAGCUGAUGGAAUGGUUCAUUCCUCUUGCCAUGAAUUUCCAUUCAUUGCCUCCCAUGUGCAGUUUGGCAAGAAGUGUUGAAGAGCAGACUAGCUACACAGUUUCCCCUGCUGGAAUUAAAGAAUGAUCUCCUGUCCCCCCGUACGAUUUUGAAAAGUGCCAUGGAGACUCGCUGCCUGUCAAGUCCACUCUGCACACUGCAGUGCUUGUCUUUGUACAUAGCAGGGGAUUAAGUGGCUUGUAUUCUUUCAAGAUGUCCUUUAAUAUACUGUAAACAAAACUAAUGUACAGAGUUUUAUUAAAACGUAACUACUUUGUUUUUUGAUUA